AUGCACAGUUACAAUGAGGGAGAAACCUCCGCUAAAGUUGCAGACAGCAGGACUUCGCUGAGGAAGCAUGAAGGGGAGAGAAACGUUACUGCUCUGUCGGCGUCACAUCAUGAAGAGAAGCCAAUAACGAUGUCAGCUUGCACACAGAUAUGUGAUAAUUUGGUUGGCGGCAAGUCAUGUGCCAAGACUCUGCUAGUCAAGGUAUUUCCAAAAGGAUGUCCAGAACAGUACUUAUUCUCAUAUGCUGUUAUCGAUGAUCAGAGCAACCGGUCACUUGCGAAAAGUGAGUUCUUUGAUAAUUUUCAUGAAGAUGGAGAUGAAGUUGAAUACACACUUUCAUCUUGUGCUGGUUGUGUGACAAUGUCUGGCCGACGAGCAUCAGGAUAUGUCAUUCAAGCCUUAGACGGGUCCUCGUCAUUACAUUUACCUACCUUGAUAGAGUGUAAUGAGAUUCCAAAUGUGCGAGAGGAGAUCCCUACUCCAGAAACAGCUAUUCAUCAUCCUCACUUAAGGGACAUUGCUGAGUACAUCCCACCUAUUGAUUCAGGUGCAGACAUUCUGUUGCUCAUAGGACGUGACCUGCUUUCAGCUCAUCAUGUACUUGAUCAGCGCAUUGGACUGCCUGAUGCACCGUAUGCCCAGAAGUUGCACCUUGGCUGGGCAAUAAUUGGGGAAGUCUGUCUCGGGCAGGUACACAAACCGGAUGUGGUAAUAGUUAACAAGACUCACAUGCUCAGGGAUGGUCGAACGACAAUCAUGGAGCCCUGUCCUAAUAAUUUUGAAGUCAAAGAGAGAAAUGACUUUGGGGAGAGUGUCUUUCAGAAAACAAGACUUGACGAAACGCAGACUUUGUCUAUUGAAGACAAGCAAUUCCUGAGGAUUAUGGAUGCCGAAUUCUCAAAGGAUAGUGAUGGCUGUUGGACUGCUCCACUACCAUUUCGACAAGAUCGUGCCAGGCUGCCAUGCAACAAAUUCCAUGCCAUUCAUCGAGCAAAACUAUUGGACUCCAGCAUGCACAAAGAUCCAACAAAGCGAGACAAGGGACAUGCAGAAAUAGCCCCUCCAUUGGAAAAGGAUCAAGAGUGUUGGUACUUGCCCUUGUUUGGUGUUUACAAUGUCAAGAAACCGGGACAAAUCAGGGGUGUAUUUGAUUCAUCUGCGAAGUACAAUGGCGUCUCUCUGAACAGUGUCCUAAUGACUGGUCCUGACCUCACAAACAAUCUGUUGGGAAUCCUUCUCAGGUUCCGAACAGAAUCCUUUGCAGUGACGGCAGAUGUGGAGCAAAUGUUUUACUGCUUCAAGGUGAAGCCAUCUCAUCGUGACUACCUCAGAUUCUUCUGGUACAAAAAUAAUGAUCCAAGCCAAGACUUGAUUGAGUACAGAAUGACUGCUCAUGUGUUUGGGAAUUCACCCUCUCCUGCAGUCGCUACCUAUGGUCUCAGACGAUCAGUGGAAAAUGCUGACGUUGAUGUGAAACGGUUCGUGGAGAAUGACUUUUAUGUUGAUGACGGACUGCUGUCCGUCCCCACAGAGGAAAAAGCCAUCGAUCUGAUUCAGAGAACCCAGAGUGCGCUCCAACAUGGGGGUAACAUAAGACUACACAAGAUAGCCUCCAACAGUCGAACUGUGCUAGCUGCGUUUGAUGCGGAGGACCUCGCCAAGGACAUCAAGGACUUGGACUUCAACACGAACACUCCUCCGCCUCAAAGAAGCCUUGGCCUAUCCUGGGAUAUUGACAAAGACACUUUCACCUUCCAAGUCUGUGCCAAGAGGAAGCCCUUCACCAGGCGUGGGGUAUUGUCUACCAUAAACAGCCUCUACGACCCUGUGGGCUUUGCAGCACCAGUUGUCAUCAAAGGAAAACUGUUGCUUAGGGAACUAAUGUCAACAACCUCUGGUUGGGAUGACCCCCUUCCCUCUUCUUACUUAUCUCAGUGGCAGAACUGGUGUGACACCCUCAAGAAUCUUGAAAAUGUUGUCAUCCCAAGACCUUAUUCAAAAAUCUCAAUGUCUGAUUCCCUUGCCAAAGAGAUUCAUAUAUUCUCUGAUGCUUCGAAGGAAGCAAUAGGUGCUGUUGCUUACCUCAAGAUGUACGACGUCAAUGGCACCAGUACACUGAGUUUCUUGCUGGGCAAGUCCAGAGUAGCCCCACGUCAUGGACAUACCAUACCUCGGUUAGAGUUGUGUGCUGCUGUUCUAUCUGCAGAGAUGGCAGAGGUCCUACUCCAGCAGCUUGACAUUCAGGCAGAAUGCCUGCAUUUUUUCACAGACAGCCGCGUCGUAUUGGGUUAUAUAUGCAAUGAGAAACGAAGAUUCCAUGUGUAUGUCGCAAACAGGAUUGACAGAAUUCGCCAAUCUUCACAACCAAAACAGUGGAACUAUGUGCCAUCAAACAUAAAUCCAGCUGAUCAAGCAACGAGGUCUGUGACAUCAUUGUGCUACAGUGAUUGCCUUUGGUUAAGAGGACCUGAUGUCCUGAGCCAAAGUGAUACAUCUGAUAUGUGUGACUCACAACUUUUCUCGCUUGUCGACCCAGACAAUGAUAAAGAGGUUAGAGCUGAACUCAAGUCGACUAAAACCUCAGUCUCUACAGCUGUGCCGCAACAACUGGGCACUGAUCGCUUUACGAGAUUUUCUAGUUGGAAAAGACUUGUAAAGACAAUCUCACAUCUGAAACACAUCGCAAGAUCCUUCACCAAAACUAACAGUUCAUGUGUUGGUUGGCACCAGUGUAAAGACUUCAGAAAUGUAGAAGGAUUUAAGGAUGCAGAGGUCUUCAUUGUCAAAGCAGUCCAAAGGGAAGCUUACUCUGAGGAGAUCAUGUGUCUGCAAAACCAGAAGCCACUUCCAAGGAAAAGCUCAAUCUUGUCCCUCUCACCUGCUUUAGAUGAACAAGGCGUUCUUAGGGUAGGAGGAAGACUGAAGAACAGCAAACUGACAGCUUGUGAGAUUCAUCCCAUUAUCAUUCCCAAGGGAAACCAUGUUGCAAAGCUUCUUGUACACCACUACCAUGACAGGGAAUUAGCCAAUGCACAAACACUCCUGUCUAACCCCUUUGGACGGUCAUCCCGAUCAGUAGAAAAGAAACUAGACCUUCCCUCUUUCUUUAUUAUAGAUGCUAGAGCCACACCGGAAGGUCAAGGGGGUUGCCGCUGGCAAGAGCUCGGAGGACAACAAACCAGUACCUCACCGGCUACCAGGGCACGACCAAAAACAGUGGUCGAGGUGCCUGGACAUUUGAAGAACCCUGGGAAGGAGAGCCAGAGGCGGAAAAGCGUACAUGGAUAA